AGGGACUUUUAUUUUGAAUUUAGCCUUUACCUUUGUUGACAUUUUUACUUACACCGGCUUCAUUCAUCAUGUGUAGCAUCAUUUAGCUCAUAUUUUUCUGCAUUAAAUACUGAUAUGUGCCAGAAAAGGUCUGAAGAAUAUAUAUGGCAGUAAGACCACCAAUUAAGAUGGAAGAAAGGCAGUAUUCAUCUCUGACGGCACCUAUGGAUUAUCUUCAGUACUGGUACCAAACCAGUCCCCAGCAGUACCAGCCAGAGCAGGUGCCGCAGUACCACCAGAUGGUUAGUGCCGCCCAGUUCGCCGAGAGACCCAUGGAGGACAAAAUCAUGACUGAUUUAUCAGUGCAUCAAGAUCCAUAUCUGGAUCAACCUCAACAGCACCAUCAAGAUCCAUAUCUGGAUCAGCCUCAUCAAGAUCCAUAUCUGGAUCAACCUCAACAGCCUCAUCAACCCUCUGUCCAACAACCAGCCCUUCCGACAACUCCAGCAAAAGGAAAGAAAAGGGGAAGGCCUCUAAAAAGCGAAGUAAAGGAAAAGACGGAUGCUGAAGAAUCUGCCAAGAAAGCAAAGAGGACAUUAGAUCGGUUCAACGGCAUGUCAGUGGAGGAAGUCAUGGCUAGAAAGCUGCCAGACGUCAUCACACAUAAUCUUGACAUGCUGAUUAUCGGCAUCAAUCCUGGACUGUUGUCAGCCUUCAAGGGAAGGCAUUAUCCAAAUCCUGGGAACCAUUUUUGGAAGUGCUUGUUUCUCUCCGGGCUGACUGAAGAACAGCUGAACCACAUGCACGAUCAGACACUACCUGAACGGUAUGGAAUUGGUUUCACCAAUAUGGUGGAGAGGACCACACCUGGGAGUAAAGACCUGUCAAACAAAGAGAUCCGUGAAGGUGGACACCAGCUUUUGGAAAAGCUCCAGAAGUACAGACCUUUAAUCGCUGUGUUCAAUGGAAAAUGUAUUUAUGAAACAUUUUGCAAGGAGAUUUUUGGAGUGAAGGCCAAGAACUUAGAGUUCGGAUUGCAGCCCUACAAAGUGCCAGAAACGGAGACGGUUUGCUAUCUGAUGCCAUCUUCAAGCCCACGCUGUGCCCAAUUUCCUCGUGCUCAAGACAAAGUGCACUUCUACAUCAAGCUAAAAGAGCUCAGGGAUCAGCUGAAGGGAGUGGUGAAGACUCAGGAGAUCCAAGAGACAAACUACACAUUUGAUGUGUCUCUGGCCAAAGAGGAUGCCAAAAGAUUGGCAAUCAAAGAAGAGCAGCAUGACCCUGAGUACGAGCAGAACUGUGCACAUGGAUCAUGGGGGGAACCACAGCAAGCGUUUGGAGUCCAUCCUUCUACAGAUACAGGUACAUACAUAUUGUGUUGUGUUCAAAAAGAAUAUGAACAAUUUUAUGUGUCCGGUGCUUGUAAUAAUUGUCAAAGCUCUCUAGACCAGGUAACGGACAACCGGUGGACAAUGCAGCCGUUUGCAGACCAGAUUCCAGACAUCAGAUGUAGCAACAACAACCGAACAACCUGAGAAAUGUAGUUAUCGCACAAAGACUGUUUGUCUGCACUGCAUGUACUGAGAAGGACCAACUAAACAUUUUUUUAUUGUUUUAUUUAAUGUUUUAAUAUGUUUUGGCUAUGUUUCUGAGUGAUGAUGCUGAGUUGUUACCUGGAAUAUUUAAUGUAUAUGAUUUCUGUGUGCGUGUGUGUGUGUGUGCGUGUGUGCGCGUGUGUGUGCGUGUGCGUGUGUGUGCGUGUAACAAAGCUGUGUUACUUCAAAGCUUGAAUGAACGUGAUACUUGAGGAUUUCUGUUUGAGACAUUAGUUUAUUUCGUGCCUCUUUUUUUAAUCUUUUUAAAAGAAACUUUAAUCACACUACUGUUCAAAAGUUUGGGCCUGGUAAGAUUUUUGUAAAGAAAUUAAUACUUAAAAAAACUUUUAAAAGUGAACAUUUAUAAUGUUACAAAAGAUUUCUGUUUCAAAUAAACAUUCUUUUAAACUUUUUAUUCAUCAAAGAAUCCUAAAAAAAAGGGAGUCACGGUUUCUACAAAAAUAUUAAGUUCAACUGUUUUCAACAUUAAUAAUAAGAAAUGUUUCUUUAACCAAAUCAGCAUAUUAGAAUGAUUUCUUAAUGAUUUUAAAUUCAGCCUGCCAUCACAGGAAUAAAUUACAUUUUAUUUUUUUUAAUUUUUUUUUUAAAGAAAAGUUAUUUUAAACUGUAGUAAUACUUCACAAUAUUACUUCUUUUACUGUAUUUUUCAUUAAAUAAAUGCCACCUUGGUGAGCAUAAGAAACUUUUUUCAAAAAAAUCAUAUCAAUCCCAAACUUUUGAAUUAUGUACGUUGACUGUUUUUGUUUAAAUAGUUUCAUAUUUACUGAAUUUAUACCUUUCUGUGGUAUUGGGAUUAUUCUGAGAAGACGUAAUAUUUGACAUGCACAUGUUUUUCAAUAGGAGUAUUUCAGCGUAACAAAUUUCAAACCAUGACUGGCCUCUGGAAGAGGUUUAUCACUGUGCAUGUCUUUGAUGCAUGGAUUUAUAGUAGUAUUGCACAUGGCAUGCUCAGUCCCACAUUAUGGUGCUUAUUAAAUACCGAUCACUCAAUUUACCUCAUUUUGAAUGGUAUUUUUAGACUUUUUAGAAUUGUUGUUAUUUUGCAAUCAGUGUGCAUAACUGUUUAGUACCAUUUAUACCUGUUUUGUUGCAUCAUAAUAAUCCAGCUUCAUUGUUGCUGUGAGAAUUCUGUACUGUGUAUGUCAUUCUGUAAGUUGUAUUUUAUUUUUGAUGUUUUUUAUAUGUAUGUAUCACUAAU